CUCUGGCUGUGUGGUUCCCGCCAAUUCUUGCCGUAACACUGCGGACGUUGAGUCCCGCGCUCCAUGGCGACGUUUGACCCAGCCGAGCUGCCUGAGCUGCUUAAGCUUUACUACCGGAGGCUUUUUCCCUACGCCCAGUACUAUCGUUGGCUCAACUAUGGCGGAGUAAUAAAGAAUUACUUUCAACACCGUGAAUUUUCAUUCACAUUGAAAGAUGAUAUUUACAUUCGCUACCAAUCCUUCAACAACCAGAGUGAUCUGGAAAAGGAGAUGCAGAAAAUGAAUCCAUACAAGAUUGAUAUAGGCGCGGUAUAUUCCCACAGACCCAAUCAACACAAUACAGUGAAGCUAGGAGCUUUCCAGGCUCAGGAAAAAGAACUGGUGUUUGACAUUGACAUGACAGACUAUGAUGAUGUGAGGAGAUGUUGUAGUUCUGCAGACAUAUGUUCUAAGUGCUGGACCCUCAUGACGAUGGCCAUACGCAUAAUCGACCGAGCAUUGAAGGGCAAGUAUUGGCAGUGUCUGAGUGGGGUCAGAUGCAAGAAUCUGUUUGAGUAUUUGUCUAUCUAUACCAUUUUAUAAUCAAAUCUCAUAGAUUUCUAACAUGUUUCCUUGAAACAUAUGGCUGGAAAAUAAAAGAUGAUUAGAAUAAAGUUGUAGUUGAAACUCUAAUAAAGCUGUUGAUCAAACCAGUGAAUUUUUUCCCAAAUCAGUCAGCAGCUCUGUGUGCUACAAACUGUCCUAGGUGAGGGAAAUAUGAAAGAUAAUGAUCGCCUCAAGUAGGUUAUACAGUCUAA